AUAUAAACUUGAUGGUUGUGCAUUGAUAAACACAAUCGAAUUGGUUUCUACGAGGCUGGGUGGGGGGCAUCUUUUUGGCAUCUCCGGGUCUGGAUGUUCACCCAUCGUUAACCGGCUUGCUAGUCAGACUUAUAGGCUAUAAGUUAUAGCUACAUAAAAACACCAGCCGGACUCCCACCGUAUGCUACAACAAAAAUAGCCAGUUUGUCAGCGAUCGCUAUCUAUACUGGCAAGUAAAAAAUUACUGGAUGUUUUUCUGCAUUUAUUUCUAUACAGAUCAUUCACUGCGAUGGGGAGUCCUCCCGUGUUGACAGUAGCCUACGUUAUUAUCAGGCUCUCUGAAUUUGACAGCGGUCAACUAUUCUUAUCUAGAGGAUCACGUUAACACCGAAGGCUGUGCAGCAAUGGAUCCAGCGGAAGGCGCCCUGCCAGUGACCGAUAUGACCCGGCUGCGGCGCUUCCUGUGCUUCGGGUCGGAGGGCAGCAUGUACGGCGCCAAAGGCCAGCAGCCGGGCAUGGAGAACACGCAGAUGCUGAUGCGGCUUAUAGAGGACGGCCGAGGGUGCGAGGUGGUGGAGGAGAUCCGCAGAUUCAGUCGGGACGGCGCAUCGGUCGCUCCCAGCCCGGCGCUGUUCGCCCUGGCUGUCUGCUCGCAGCAACCGGACGCUAAAACCAAGCAGGCGGCCUACGAGGCGCUCGGGGACGUGUGCCGCUUCCCGACGCACCUCUUCUCCUUCGUGCAGUUCAAGAAGGAGCUGAAGGAGGGUAUGCAUUGCGGCAUAUGGGGCCGAGCGCUGCGGAAAGCCGUCUCGGACUGGUACAACCAGAAGGAGGCCAUGAGCCUGGCGGUCGCGGUCACCAAGUGCAAGCAGAGGACCGGCUGGUCGCAUAAGGACUUACUGAGACUGUCACACAUGAAGCCGGCAAACCCAGGGAUUUCCUUGAUCAAUAAAUACAUUACAAAAGGAUGGAAGGAGGUCCAGGCGACAUACAGCAACACAGAGAACUCUGAUGAGGUAGCUGAAGUUCUGAGGUAUCUUGAAGCCGUUGAGAAGGUGAAGCACUCCACAGAUGAGGUGGAGGUGAUUCAUUUAAUAGAGGAGCAUGGACUAGAGCCAGAACAGUUACUGACAAGCCACCUGAAGUCAAGAGAGGUGUGCAAGGCGUUACUUACGGAAAUGCCCGUGGUCACUUUGCUGAGUCGCCUGGGGAAGAUGACCGCUGAUAACGUGCUGCAGCAGCGUAGUUCGGAGGCCGCCCUGGUCUGCGAGAGACUGCAGUCUGAAUCCGCGCUGAGGAAGGAUAAAAUCCACCCCUUUCAUAUUUUGCUGGCUCAGCAAGCGUAUAAGAAAGGCCAAGCAAACAGAGGGAAAGUGAAUUGGGAGACUGACCACGCGGUUCUCCAGGCCCUGGAUGCCGCCUUUAACAAGUGUCUCAUGAAUGUUGAACCCACUGGGAAGCGUUUUGUGGUGGCUGUGGACGUCUGUAUGUCCGCAAACAGCACGGUUCUGGGAAGUUACCUCAAUGCGACCACAGCAGCUGCAGCCAUAACUAUGGGUAUUGCACGAGCAGAAACGGAGCCCCAGAUUUUGGUGUUCUCCGAAGGAGCCGUCAUUCCCAGCACUGUCACUACUGACAUGUCUCUCGCACAAGUAACGGCAGAGCUAGCGAAGAGUACUGGUGGUGCCACAAACUGUGUCCUCCCCAUCCUCUGGGCCACGGAGAACCAGAAACCAACAGACGUCUUCAUCAUCCUGACCAGCAACACCACCAGCUUGGGGAGGAUUCACACAGCAGAAGCACUCAGGAUGCACAGAUAUAGAAUGGGAUUGUCCUCCAAAUUAAUAGUGUGUGGCUUGACCUCAAACGGGUUCUCCAUCGCGGAUCCAGAGGACCGGGGCAUGAUUGAUAUUUGUGGCUUUGACUCUGGAGCCCUACAUGUCAUCCAGAAUUUCAUUUUGGAUCAAAUUUGAGAGGAACGCGUUUGGGGAAGACACGGACAAAACAUUUUUAAAUAUUAACAAUUAGGAAUGAAAGCAGUCAUGGGUCCAGUGGAACAUUAAAUCAUAAAAGAACACAGAAAUUACAUUCUUAAGGGGUACAUCUGUUUUUUUUUUCUCCCUAGUUUAGUCAUUGGAAAGUAAUUCUGAUAUGAAAAAUUUGUCCAGCAGGCUGGAUGAUUCUAUAUUGGAAUAGCAGACAAUGUCACACAUUGCUGCAGAACCUUUUUGGUAUGAAAUUGCAUUUUAAUAUUAAAUUAAAAAGGCCUAGCAAUAUUCUAAGUUCUAAUAUAAUUUCAACAGUAUGGUGUAAUGAACAAAAUGAUGUGGACAGAAGAUUCUUCUCUAUAAGCAGGAGUUUCUUAGCAAAAGCUUACAGUAAGUGUGCUGCUAGCAACUAACACUUGAUAGAAAAGUUUUCUGUGACAGAUCACACUUAUGCAACACACAAAAUGUUUUUUUUUCCUUUAGGUUCACGCUAAGCAUGUAUAUUGUGAUGUACAUGGUACAUAAUUCAAGAUUCAAGAUUCAAAGCGUUUAUUAUCAUAUGUACAGAAAAGUAGUAUUUCUCAGUACAAUGAAAUUCUUACUUUGCUGUCCACUCACAAAUGCCAGGUUAAAUUAAAUUACAAGUACAAAAGAGCAUACUUGAGAAAAAUAGUGCAAAAAGAGCUUAAAGUGCAAAGUGACCUGUUGUGCAAAUGAGGUAGGUCAUGAUAUGCAAAGUGAUCUGUUAUGUAAAUGAGGUAGGUCGUCUAUUUAGGAGUCUGAUUGUAGUGGGGAAGAAAGAGUUGUUUAGCCGGGAUGUUCUAGAUUUCACACUUCUGAACCUUCGUCCCGAGGGCAGGAGUAUGAACAGUCCGUGUUGGGGGUGUGUCGGGUCUUUGAGGAUGGUAAUGGCAGUGCUUCACAACCCAGUCUGUGGGGACCCCCAGACUGUCCUACCAGGAGCUGGGAGGGAGCAAAAAUGUGGACUGUCUGACAGGGAGAUGGGAGGGAGCAAAAAUGUGGACUGUCUGGCAGGGAGCUGAGAGGGAGCAAAAAUGUGGACUGUCUGGGGGGUCCCUGAGGACUGAGCUGAGAAACACCACAUUAUGGGACAGUUUUACCUCUUCCUUGCUCCAUCCAUUCAAAUGAAAGAAGUGGGUACAACUAUUUUAAUAGAUAAUGGGUAGAGGUCAAUUGUAGCAUUUUUUAUCAUUUUACCUUGGUUAUAUAGUAGGACUGAUGUCUGGAUUUGAAGCAUCAAUUCUUUUUUAAUUCCUCCUUAAUUUGUUUAGUCUUUAUCACCAUUUAUGUGAUGCCAACUGUGCAUUACCAUGGACGUUUUCCAGUGCUGUAUCAUGCUGGCAAAGAUGAAUCCACCUUUUUAUUGUUUGGCAAAGUUACACCUGCUAGGUAAUAGAAAAAAAUAUUGCCAGAAGUCAUAACACUUAAGCAUCAGAAAGUUAGAUACGCAGAACACUAAUUCAAACUAACGUAACAACGUUUCACUACUUUUUAGAUGUGAAGGCUGCAGCUGAAUGUACCUUUUAUAUUAUUUGUGUAACACUUUAGAUCUGUAUUUUAAAUGAAUUUGAAAUACUUUAUACUUCAAACAAGAAUGAAAUAAACUAAAAAAUGA